AGAUUGUUUGUACAUAACUCACCAAAAUGGAGAUUGUGUACGUGUACACAAAGAAAAGAAGUGAAUUUGGACGACAGUGUAAUUUUUCUGAUCGUCAAGCUGAGCUUCACGUUGACAUUGCUCCAGAUGACAAGCUUCUCCAGGAUUAUAUUGAGAAAAAUCCUUGCGACACUGGCAUUCAGUGUGUUCAAGAAAUGUCUGAACAUGAGGUAAGAAUCUCAAUGCAUCUCAAUAAAAUGUAUUGUUAGGUUAAACCAGGAUUCAAUUUUGUUUGAUCCAGGGUUUCCUUUAUUUCCUAGCCUAGGAAUUAAAGGAAAGUCUGAUUUAGCCUGAGUACAGUUUUUCCUUCACCAUAUGCUUUGUAAUCAUAACACAGGCAGAGGGAUUCGUCCAAUUCACCAAAUCAUGCGCUGGUGGCUGAUUGCUGCCAGCCUGGUCUCCUUCUUUAGUUCUAAACCACUGGUCAAGUAAUCAUCUUGCAAAAUAACUCUUUAAAGAGCUCGGGAAUGUGAAAAAAAUGUGACAGAUGACUACUAAGUCAACAUUUUGCUUGAACUUCACUUGCACAUUUCGGUUUAAAUCUGUAUUUUGGAACAAAUUGUAGCCACCAUAAUGCUCAUCUGUGUUUCUUCUUAUGAGUACAAAAGCCUGAUGCUCAGAUUUCAAUAACAACAAUGGGCACACGAACAGAGGGUGGUCUGCCAAUGAUCAUAAUGAUAGAUCAGAGUUAAAGCCUUAGGCCAUCUAAAUCUAUAUCUGAAUUGUCAUCCCUAUCUCUUAAUUAUUCUCUGAACCCAGGCACAUCCCCAAAAAGUGAUGGAACCUCAGGAUCAAUUUCAAAAGAAGCGGCCAUUGGUUUAGAGAAAUGUGAUCUCUCAUGCUCACUGGGAAAUCCCAACCCCAAGGUUCUCAUCACAUGUCAAACUUUGUGGAAAAGAUGGAAAAUGAUUGGUUUAUUGCCUGUCUAUAUGUAUGUCUCUAGGACAAUAAAGGAACUAAAAAUAAUAAUCAGUUGGAGGAGGGAGAGAAAGAAUAUGAGCCGCCAUUUUAUGAGAGAUUCAGGGGCUGUCACACGGAGGUUGUUACGGAUGGUUCAGGGUUAAAAAAAAUGUAAAUUUUUUACCAAUACAAAAUUGCCUUCCAAGAUAUCCUGUGACUGUGGUUAAAUUUUUCACAUCAGGUGGUGUUCAUAACUCCACUUAAUUUGAUAAUAAUUGACAAUAAUAAAUUACUGUAAACUGAACCACAACAAGUCUAACAAGGUCCCCUAUCUGUGAAUUAUACCUGAAAUGCCCUGAGGGUAGUGGAGUGGAGUGGUUUUUGCAGUCACUAACCUCAUGAAAAAAAGGCAAUCAGAAAGGAAUAAUCCAUGCAUGUCUGCCACUAAAACACAUCUCAGUUAAAAACAGCAGCUUGCAAGAGGCAAACUAUUUAGCACAACAGAUACAACUGUUGCUCAUUAUUGAAUAACUGAUCAAGAAACAAAAUGCCCUUAAUAUCAAUAAUAAUGGUAAAAAUGUGGACUUUUGUUUGCUUAAAACUUUUAGACAUGUGAAAAUGUCAUGUCAGUCUGUUACUAAAAGUGCAAUCUUUGUACUACACAACAGGUGAAUACUGAGAGAUUUGAAACAGAAAGUCGAGGUAUAAAUCAUGUAGAGGGAGGAUGGCCCAAGGAUGUCAAUGCUGCUGAAGUAGAACAGACAAUCAGAUACAGAAAGAAAGUGGAAAAGGAUGAAAAUUACAUGAACACCAUACAACAACUUUCAAGUGUAAGUGAUUAGUACAUAAUAUGUGUCAUAUAUGGACAUGGUCAUAUAUGGACUACCAGUAUAUUAUACUGGUAGUCCAUAUAUGACACUGGUUUAAUUUACACUGCCAUUGACAGCUUCAAGAUUUCAAGACUUUAUAAUAUAUUUUCUAAAGAAUAUUUUUACAAGCGUCCUGGCACUGCAAAUAGCUAUAGCUAGUCUAGGCGAGCCGGGAAUGAUACGAAAAGAAAAUAACUGCAAUUUAAUUAAGGUAACAAAAAGCUAGAAAGCAAGAGAGAUUCAUCAGUUUUUAAAUAAAUAUGAAGCGAUUAACUGAUUGCAAAAUUAUAAUCUUAACCCAUUCGCUCCUGGAGAUUUUGCCGAAAAACGCGUUUUGAAGCUGGUCGAGUGGUUUUCUGGUCACUGUCAUGCUAUAAAGAGCUAAAACUUACCACAAACCGGUUUACAGGUCGUACACUUGGCGGCCGUCUGAUCCAGAUGCAAAAUAUUAGCUUGCGAAGUUCGGGCAUGCGCAGAAAGCAAAAUAUCGACAUAGUUUUUGGGUUUAAAAGUGACACAGCAGUCUUGACUUUUACUUUUCGCUUUCUCUCCUCCCUUCUUUUUUCGCUUUUCUUGCCUCAUUUUUUUUUCUCUUGCUGGGCAUUUAGUAGGCUUCAUUUUGGUGGGAAGAGUUUUUAGGAAAGCUUUUAGGAUAUUAGGAUUAGGUGAAAGGAAAGGUAGGUGGGUAAUGGAACAAGAUUUUCAUGGAGAUUUUCAGGUUCUUGUCACGUGGUUUUUUGCUUCUUUCUCCGGUGUCCUUGACUGAAUUGUGCUCAUUCUGGUAUGGUUUGAAAGAUCUCUUCACUCUGCACAAGUUAGCGAAGAAAGUUGUCCUUGACCGUUAAAACUGAUGACGUCACAAAGGGUAGAAAGGACCUGGAUCCGCACGGGCGGUUACGGGCGGCUCCGGGGCAAAUGGGUUAAGAAGAAAAGCAUUUGAAAAAGAUGUAUUUAACACUCUAAUAUGAGGAAGGGAAAACAAAACAUUAGCUCGCUAAUGCACAACUAUUGGUAAUAUUUCAUGAUAAUAAUUAUUAUUAAUAAUAUUCAUGUCAGGCAGAUCAAACAAAUUUUUCACUGGCUUUUGACUCAGUAAUUACUUGCCCUUGAUUCCAUCUUCACUAAACUGUUAAAUUGUUCAAAACGUUUACUUAUCGUUAAAGAUGUGAAAAAACAAUGAAUGUAUGAAUUUCAUAUAUUGCAACACUGUGGAAUGAACAUUGACUAAAUGCAAGGUAGAUCACAUUUGCAGAUGACACAACUUAUGCAGUUGCAAAAGUAAACCUUGAAAAAAAAGAGUAAAAUUUUUCAGGCUCUCUUUUCACAACUGAAGCUGACUUUUACAAUAAUAUAACCUCGUAGAUAGGAGAGUCACCUGUUCUGGGUUCCUUCUUUUGCUUAAAUAGGUUAUGGAACAUUGCAUCAAGCAGAACAAUGCAAUUGACAUCUAUGAGGAGUACUUUGCUGAGAUUGACAUUGACACUUCGGGAGAGCCACCAUCUGCCAAAACCAUCAAUGUGUUCAGGUUGCCCAUUGAAAACUAUUUAGCCCUUUUAACUUUGAAAUGUACAAUGACUAUUACAUGUACAUGUGUUAUACAGCAGAAUGUAAAUUGCUUGAUGAUUAGCACAAAUAGUGAAGUAGACCUACUAUAACUUGACUCUGUUUUUUUGUCUCAUGUGCGUAUAUUAUUUUAUGGUGAAGUACAUUUAGAAGGAAUUCUAGAUGGGAAGUGAAGUUUCCGGUUUCUACUAUCUAUACAUAGCAUAACCUGCUGCUUAUAAGCUCCUACCCCCUGCAAUUACAGGGUAUAAACCUCCCCCCCCCAGUUGUAGGCCCAUCUAUACUACCUGUACACAAAUAAUAACUCUGAUUAAAAGCCCUGCUCCCCCCUCUAGCUUGUAUUGAAAUUAAUAAAUUUGAUUUAUUAUGAGAGUUUAAUGCCUAAUUAAAAACCAGCAUUAAAAUGCAAAACAUAUUUUGAUAAGCACUGCCAUUGUUUAGCUUGUUUCAAGGUUAUAGUAUAAGCCCCCCUCGGAUAUAUAAGCCCCUCCGUUUAUAAGCCCUCAUAAAACCCCUUACAAAAUGAGGUUACAUGAGUAUUGAUUUGCUUUUAGGGAUCCUAAUGAGAUGAAACGUACAGCUACCAGUCUGUCAUGGUACCCGGAAAGUUCUAGGAAACUGGCUGUAGCUUAUUCCAUUUUAGAGUUUCAACAGUUUGCAGGAGAAACCUGCAUGGAGUCAUACAUCUGGGAUAUUGGUAAGGCAGCACUUCAGGAACUCUUUUCAAGUUUUAUUGUUAAAAACAUGUCAUUGUAGCUAAGCUUCAAUUUUCUUGGAACCUUAUGGUUAUUAAACUGAUCUUGUAUUCACACAGUAUAACAAUACUGUACUCUAGGAAAAUUAAAGGCACCAGCCCAAAAACCUCUGAACUCAAGAUAUCAAGGGCUCCCAGCAUUUGAUAUUUUUUGUGUUAAAUCAAAGCUUUUCUCGUUACUCAAAGGAAAAAGUUUGAUUGCCAGGAGCCAUCAAUGGUUUCCAGAGCCCCAAUGUUUCUUUCACAAUGUGUCAUACUGCCACUUUAUGCAGCUUUGCCACUCACCCCUCACGUACGCUCUCAAUCCACUGUGAUUCAAAAGAAAAAUAAGAGACUGCUUGCAUACUGUGUGUUCAAGUGGUACAUCACCAUUCUUUGAAUAUUCUAAGUUACUUACAAUUAUGCUAGUGCUGCUUUAAUAAACCCUUUAAGUGAAUGUAACAGUUCUUUACAUUACAUGUAUAUUUGUUUUACUGCGAUUAUCAGUAAUCUGAAAAUCUCAAGCUACUUAGUUUGGUCACUGCAAACAAUCCAUUUUAUUUUUAAAUUAUUUUGACUGCCAACAAGCAGCCUCGCUAAGAUGUGAGUCCGCGAGGCGGCAGCAUAAUAAUUAUAAAGCCGUGCGCAAAAGUUCCAAGGCAGAAUGAAUCUCGAAGAGGUGUAACAUAAGGUAGUGUAAGGUAACUUAUAUGAUGUAAUGCAGAACAGAGAAUGCAUUUUUUAGAGUGAACACGUGAUACAGAACAGAGAAUCAACGAGCCGUGUGCGUCUUUGUGAAAUUACGGUAAAUUACGGUAAUUCAUGACAUGUUAACAAAUUGAACUGCCCAGCGCUUGCAUAUAGGUAAAAUCUUUACUCAUUGGCACUUAUAGCGAUAGCUAUAACUAGUUCUUAUGUAAUUAUUCUGAUGUAACUUGGACCUUCCACCCACAUCAUCAUCACCAUCAUCAUCAUGUUUGAAUAAAGUUUGACCUUGGUUUCCUUACAGAGAAUCCCAAUAAACCUGAGCUGGCCCUGAAGCCUGUAUCACCCCUGGUUUGCUUGGAGUACAAUCCAAAAGAUCCUCAUAUUCUGGUGGGAGGCUGCUACAAUGGACAGCUAGGUAACUAUUUCUUACAUAACUUGUCCUAUUUUUGACUUUUAUAAGUAUUGUACGUUGCUUUAAAAACUCAAAAUAUUUCCUCAAGGUUCUUUGGUGUUGGGCUGUGUUAAGGUUUGCUUGUUGGCACAUGUUGGAAGGAUAGUGUCUCAGAAUUGCUAAUUUUUUGAGUAUCUGUCGUCGUUUUCUCUCAUACAGGAUUCUGGGAUACACGUAAGGGAUCACAUCCAGUGGAGAUGACACCUAUUGAGAAGAGCCACAGGGAUCCCAUCUACAAGACGAUAUUCCUUCAGUCCAAGACAGGUGAGUACGGACAGUGGAUAUUAGGGAGCUUAAGCAACAACGACGGCGAUGGCUACAAAAACGUCACUCAAAAAAGUAAAAUCGCGCUGCUUCAAACUUUAUCGCGUUUAUUCCAUCAUUGUUUUUUUGGAGUUGAAAUAAAAGAAUGUAUCAAAGGUCAGGAAAUUGAAACGAAAGGAACGUCGAACGUUGUCUUGUGUUCACGACCUCCACAAAACGUGAAAUUAGACAUUUUCACGUCGUAGUCGUGCAGUGACGGCAAAAAAAUGUACAAAAAAGCGUGAUGCACGUGCAAAGUUGUUGUUUUGCCAAUCUGAACCUAUUGAUUUUUUGCCGUUCUCGUUGACGUCGCCGUCGUCGUUGCUUGAGCUUAAGUAUUCAUUAUCAUUCGAAGCAAAUUUUUCUUUCUUUUCAUUGGCCAAGAGCCCACCACGUGACCUGCAAAAAAACUGCCUACAAAUAAUGGUCUGCUCAUGCGCAAUGCCGUCCAACUGUGUUUGGCUGCAAAUUAUAUUGUGCACAUGCGUAAAGGAAACCGUGCUUUUCUCCUUCUUGCGAUCGCCUUUGCGUGAAAAUGGCAGAGCGCUUCGUUUCCUGAGGAUAUUCAUUAAAAAAAAACAAACUCGGUGAUCAAAUGAUAAAACAAUUCUUGAACUCGGUUGUCGCAAAAUAUCGUGAUUUGUCAGUGUCUCGCAGAUCAAUUAUUUGCCUCAGCCUUCGGCUUCGGCAAAUAAUUGAUCUGCUCGCCACGGACAAAUCACGAUAUUUUGCCCAACCUCGUCCAAUAAUUGUUAAUUACGUUCAGUAACACCAUCGUUAUUAUCACCAUCAUUACCACCAUUAUUAUUGCCUUCAUAAUCGUCGUGUGAUCACAAUCAAAAGAUGAACAUUGCUAUCAGCAUCUUGAACAACGUCAUCACCAUCAUCUCUGUGUUCUUUCUGAAUCUACCGUUGUUUUAAUCCAAUCCUAAAAUUUCUUCCCAGGUACUGAGUGUUUCUCAACCAGCACAGACGGGCAGGUUCUUUGGUGGGACAUACGCAAAAUGGGUGAACCAACUGAAUCCCUCUCACUGUGUCCAAAUCCCAAAAAAGAUCCCCGUCCACAGGGAGGCGUGUCACUGGAAUUUGAACCUACCAUGCCUACCAAAUUUAUGGUUGGAACAGAGCAAGGAUCUGUGCUCUCCUGUAACCGGAAAGCUAAAUCUCCAUCAGAGAAGAUCGUGUGCUCAUUUUCACAACAUUACGGGCCUGUUUAUGCUGUCCAGGUAGGUGCUCAACUUUCUUGUGUACCUAAGGACCCGUUUAUAUGGAGAAAAUUUGUCCCGUUCGGAAGGGUCACUGGUCAGUGGCAGAUCCAGACCUUCAGAUAAGGGGGGAGGGGGGGGGGGCGGUCUAAAAAUAAGGAGAGGGAGGCCCUCCGGGCCUCUCCCCUGGAUCCGAUACUGCUUGCCUACCCGAGCUACCCAAGGUGGUUCAACUUUUCAUACAUUUCCAUUCAAAACGUGGCGAACUGUUUACAUGAGAAACAAAAAGUAGGCUCGUCUAGAAGGCUGACGUGCCUAGUUGUGGCACUCUUUUGUGAUAGUAGGGUCACUCUCCUAGCCGGGCCAACUUUUCUUCAUACAAACACUUUGGCUUGAUCACCCAGCCGUCAACUGGGUCAGGACGGGACAAUCAGAGCAUGCAUAGGCACCUACUCAUGAAUAAGACUUUUCUUAGCUGAGACGAAGAGAACCUCACAUAAAUGGCGUUUGCGUCUUGUAUCGCGCCCCCCACGGGUUAGGGGAUGGAGACGUAUGACAUUUCAGACUAGAAUGCAAUGUGCUUCCGUAAUAAAAAGCAGGGAACACGUUUCCUGAAGACUCUUAUCCUGAGACGCGGUGGUGUGAGUAGAAGAAUCUUUACGUGACGGGAAUGGCGCCAAAGAACAAUACGAUAGUGCAUUGAAAAAUUGUUGUCAAAUAAUUUUAACUCGCUAUCACAGAUACCAUCUUAAAACUCAGCAUUUAUGCAAGUUUAAACCAGCUAGUUUAGAAACACAAUCCGGCGUAAACCAACAAAACUGUGCCGACACGAAAAGCUAUCCGGUCACACACAUCGAACAUCGUGCCGGAGAGGUUGGCCGAGAGGAAUUGGGGUGCUAAAACCCAGUCCUCACUCCUGAAUAUUUACUUCCGUCUCAGUAGAUUCAAGUCCUCACUCCUACUUAUUUACUUCCGCAGAGGUCCGAAUACCUGUUCACACUACACCAAAGUGUGGCACAGAACCUAACCCAUAUUUGACGCUCCACUUUAUUAAUUAGAGAUGGGCGCGGCGCUGCUUCGCUCCGUUACAUAAAUCGCGCCGAAAUCACCGUUUUUAUGUGUGAACAGAUCGAAGCUCUAUCCAGUGUGGUUUCCGUGUCCGCGCCAGAGCUAUCCGGUACAGCGUGAACAUUCAAUACUGAUAUACCCUGAUGCUUUCCAUACUAGGUAAAAACGUAUACUAACGAACCCUAAGCUAACAUCGUCAUCGCUUUAAAUUUUGUCCUUUUCUGUUCAAAAUUGCCUCUUGGCUCUGACAGAAAACCAUCUUAACAGCAUGAAAAGAAUUGAUAGCAACUUCGAUCUGACUUGAUAGUGAUCUUAAAUCAACUUCUUUCCCCCUCUAAUUCAUUUACAUUAAAUCGCAAAUCAAUCAACUUGAUAUGAUUGAUUUUAAAAAUCCUCUUUGCAUUGCAGCGUAAUCCGUUCUUCCCGAAGAAUUUCUUGACCAUAGGAGACUGGACUGCCAGGGUAAGCUGAAAAAAUGUACUUUUUUCAUCAACAUUUAUUUUUUUUUCCACUUAGUCAUUUAGUAUACGGUUAAACCUCUUAACAACGAUGACCAUUGUAGAGAGAUUUAAACAAGAGUCAAUGUAUGGACUGCCCGACAAAAAAAGUGGCCCUUGUAGAGAGGUGGCCGUUGUGGAGGUUUAUUAAUAUUUGAUCUAAAAAGGGAAUCAAACUCAGUUGAUCAUAAAAACGGCUGUAAAACUAUGAAUUUUGGUGCGAUUUUGUGUCUUUUUCUCCUGAUUUACACGUACACAGGCCUUUGAUGAGGCCCUUCCAUGGUUUUUUCUAACUUUUGACUGGAACUAGUUAGCGAAAAUCCGUCAACACGGCUAAAACAAACGCCUUAACAAUUGGUAAAAUUGCCAAGUUUGAACUUGAAGCCUGCAAGCAAGCUCUCCAUAUUUUGGGGGAUAUUGUGAAAAGUAGACGCGCGAGAGGCACGCUCGCUCGCGCGUUCUCGCGCGGCUCGCUUCCUUAGCCCAAAUAGGAGAGCUUGCUAGCGGGCUACGUGAUAUUGAGCUAUAGCACCGGAAAGUCUCCGAAGUUUACAGGUGUGUCAUAUUUCGUAAUUUGUGAAACAAUAUCUUCGCUCGGUUUUAACGUAUCGCGUUUCAACUUGGUAAGUUUUCAAAUUUUAAGGCGUUCUCCAGGAGUUGUUUGAUAUUUGCUUACUGGUCAUUAUCAAAACUUAAAGGGAAAAAAAAACGUGCAAGGGUCUUUUUGUCCAUUCAACCACAUUUUGCAUCAGUCUUCAAGACCGAUGCAGGCCUCUCUCGGUGGUCAACAAUUUGUCAAACUUUAAUGAAAACAAUAUAACUGCCAAUCAUUGUAGUAGCGUGUGUACAGCAGCCCCUCCCCGAAAAAGGAAAUCGGGGAGAGAGGCGGUACGACACAGACGUCCCUCUCCCCGAUUUUGUUUGAGGGGAGGGGGCAGCUGUACACAAUAAAUGUAGUCGUAUUCCGCAGUGAAAUCAUCCUCGGAGACCUAAGGGUAGUCAAUUGGGUCGAAAGAAAAGGCGCGACAAAAGUUUUCAAGCAUGCGCUCCUGGGAACAUUGUUUUACCAGACCGGUUCCAGACGGUCGCGGCCGUUCUGGCUUCUCACUGGUGCCAGAAAACGUUUGUGUUUUUCUGCCCAAUCAGAGAGCAACAAACCUUGGGAGCUCUUCCGCCCAUGCUUGUAGCUGACUGCCCACCGGUCUCUGAGUAUGGAGCGAAAUUCAAACGGCGUACUUCUUAAGCAGAGUCCUAGGGUGGGAGACGAAACGUAAAGAAUCACGAGAACGUUUUCAUUUCUUUUCUGACUUCCUGUUUUACUAUCUAAUAAAACCCAAAAUAAAAGUGGAAGAAUGAACCAAUCUUCGCGGGAAGGAGCACUGUCAUUGGUUUAUUCUGCCUCGACUCCUAUGUUUUUAUUGAAAUGUAAGAAAUGUUUACUCAAAAGUAGUAUAGGGAACUCCAAUUACGGUUUCAUUGCCACUUCAUCGUAACUUUCUGCCCCUUCGACUCUGACACUAACGAAUGUUAAAACAAGCCUGUAUAUGUAUACUCCCCCCUACCCCGUCCCCAACCCCCGGGCCAGCUCCUCAAUUAUCGCGUUCGUCAGAACGCAUCCUAAUCUGGUGUUCCUGUGGCACUAAGGCAGAAAUUUUCGAGCUAUCACGGGCGACUGCAAAUUAGCCGCCCCCAUUAAUUUUAUCAGAGGCAUCUCGGCCGGGAAACUGGACUCCUUUCGACUCGAUUUCGUUUGCGUAAGUGACGAACGCGGAUCCGUAAUCAAUGAUUACCUCUGGUAGUGAUGUGUUCUCUCUGGGGCCAUCCGCAUACACGUAUAGGAUGGCCAGGGGCUAUACGCGGCGUGUUAGCAGUUACGUAACGGAGUUUAAGGUUACUUUAUUGCGGUGGCCCCAGAGAGAAUGGUAGAUUGUAAUUUCAUUGGACCCAGUGAUGCAUUCAUUGUAUAAAUGUACGUAUGAUGAUCGCAUGAAUACAGGGAGAUGUUCUGAGGGUUGAUGUUGAUAAAUAUAAACGUUACGUGUUUUAUGUAAAUCUGAUAUAUGUUCACUGGCCUUUGCAUAUAUAUGUCCUUCUUUUGUAGAUAUGGUCAGAAGAUUUAAGGGAAUCGUCCAUCAUGUGGACUAAGUAUGUUCAUAUCACUUCUUUUCUAAAAACCUUGUUCAAGUCAGGGGCAGCCAACGACCUUUUAGCUGUUCGAACGAACAAAUAUUGCCUAGAAAUUUCUAAAGGUCGAGGAAGACUUAAAAUAUGUAGAUAACCUUUCCAUUCAUCUAAAAUAUUCGCAGAUUUUCUAUUCCCUUGCCUACUUUUUCGGGGGUUUUCACAUUUUGUUACCAAGAUAUUGCGAUUAUUGUUACGAAAAGGUCUCCUGAAAGUUUUGGUAUAAAGACAAACCGUCCCCUAGAAUCUUCUAAUGAAAGUACGGCUACCCCAUGUCCUCUAAUUUUCGACCAGAGCAAUCAGGGUAGCUAACUGUCUCAGAUACGACGAAAAAGCCACCUUAAACUUUGGAGACGGUCAAAGUUCCCGUAAGACAUCUGAUCAGAUAAACAGUUUUUACGGUAGCUCUAAAUUAACCAAAAUGGCUUCUAAAGCAUAGAGAAAACCAUUUGAAACUAUUCUGACGUAUUUGGAAACAUUCGGUCGUUGGGUGCCCCUCUUCAAGUCAGUUAUAUAAAGGACAUAUAAAGCUAAGCUCCCCUGACCACCGUACACUUCUACCCAAACCAUUAAUUUUCUUUUUUUUCCUUCUUCUUUUCCUUUAUUAGUGUAUUCCUACCUUACUAUAUAUAAUAUAAAUAUUUUAUAAAGUGUGAAUAAUAAAAAUUGAAUUGAAUUGAAUUGAAUUGCGAAGGCUGACUUUUUUCCCGGAUAAAGCGUUUGUUCUUUCUUUCUGUGGAUGAAAUCCUAAAGUACGUAGUGUAACCAUUCAAAUGAAGGCUACUGAGCGGUUCCUUCCUUUGGUACCGUUUAUUAUGCUUUACAAGAUGGUUCUAACUUUUGAGCCUGAGGGCGAAAUCCUGAAGAGUGACCAUUCAAAUGAAAGCUACUGAGCAGUACUUUCCUGUGGUACUGUUUAUGAUGCUGUACAAGGUGGUUCUAAAUUUUGAGCGUGUGGGUGAAAUGCUUUUGAGUAACCACUCAACUGAAAGCUAAUGUGCAGUACUUUAUUUUCUUGUGGUCAUUCCCUUGUCGCUAUUUCAAACAUGAAAUUUGGCAUUGUUACUGAUCAAUUUUGGCUUAAGUUACCCCCUUUUACCUUCAGGCAACAUAUGUCUUAUAUGACUGACGGAUGUUGGAGUCCUGUGCGGCCGGCAGUGUUUUUCACCACCAAGAUGGACGGUACACUAGAUGUAUGGGAUUACCUCUUCAAACAGAAUGACCCUACACUCAGCAUCCAGGUAGUUAACAAUGAAUUCAUGAUAUUUUUGUUAUACCAGACUGUUGAUAGUCUCUUUUGUUUCCGUAAGAUUAUCGCUUUCUUGGUUUCAAAACUAAGAUGUAUGCCCGUUGUAGUAAGGAAAGGAUAUUUGCACGAUGGCAAAUACUAACACUUCCACAAUCCAUUUCGUUUUUCCUUUCAUAUCUAAAUUUGGCUAGACUGUUCACAGUCCCCUGUUUUUUCGCAAGAUCGUCAGGACCGAGCGCUUAACAAUACGGGCGGCCAUCCUGGUUUCAUAUGUACCGACAUAUGAAACAUCACUGCAGCUCGCGUUCACGGCGCGUAGUUCCAGCAACGCAAUCAUUUCAUUUUGAUUGGUCAUUAGACAAAAGAUGUUAAUUUGCGUUGACAACGGGUUUAAUUUAAAGUUGCCGACACCCACAAGUCGUCGGAAGAAGGAGUUUUGGUAUGGAGUUUGUUAAGUAAUGAAUGGUAAAAGGCGUGAAAUUCCCCUCACGCCCCCAGAACGCGAGCUGCAGUGAUGCUUGGACAGUGCCUCUAUUUUUUCUCUCUUCCUCCCAAACCGUCCCCCGUCCCCUAAGUAGUUUUGACACUCAUCCAAGAUGGCCGUCCGUAACGCAAAGUCUUCGAUCUCAACGAUCUAACGGAAAAAUAAAGGACUGUGAGCAGUCUAAAAUUUGGUAAUCCCAGUGAGGUCCCUACAUUUACAAGAAAGUAAAACACUGAAGGUUUCUGCUAGUAAUGGUGCCGUGAAAUGACUUCAUCAUGCAAAUGACCUUUAGGGGACUGUCAACAGUGCAUUGUUCUACAAGAAAAUUAGACUUGCUGCAAGUCAACCUCUCAUAAGUUGUUAAAAGUGAGCGAAGCGAGCUUCAAUGCAUGAGGUCGCCCAACGACCGAGCGAGCGACGAAGUCUUGAGGUUAAAAUGGCAUAACCAACCAGGAAAAAAAAUAUUGACUUUUAGAAAGUCUACAAGAAGAUUAACAAGCAUCCUUGUCGAAGCGUUUUGGCUUAGUAUCAAUCUCAGUGAAUAUUUUUCACCUUUCAAACAUUCUCUGACUGGAUAGUCAAACAUCGUAACAAACCAGUUCAAUCCUCGUCUUGGCACUCAGUCAAGCACUUGUCUUCUCAGUCCUUUAUCUGCAUGUUCAUCAGCGACUUUGUGAUUUGCCCCUGUAGGUUUGUGACGAAUCCCUAAAUGCACUCCGUGUUCAAGAGCAAGGAAGGCUGGUGGCCUGUGGCUCGCACUCUGGCACAGUCACACUACUCGAGUUGUCUGAUGGGCUUUGUAACAUUCAGAGAAAUGAGAAGGCUUCGGUUACCGCGGUAAGAACUGAAGCUUCCACUUAAUGUUAUACAGCUACAUGUAUCUUUCACUGUUACAGCCAUGGAAAAAAACGCUUAAAGGACGUUUAACCCUUUUAUGACGGUCGGCGAUUAGCGAAAAAACCCCAUUCUUCUCCAGUUCCUCUUUGGACUGGUUUUCGGCUAAUAAGCAUAAGAAUGGCUGAAAACAAGUUUUGCAAGAAAAAAGGCAUAUUUUCCGACUAAUCUGACGUAAUUAAACAGGGUUUUUUUUGUUUUUAACGCAUGUGCAAAAGCCAAAAUUUAUUUUCAAAGAGUAGUAUAUGUGAACAGCGAAAUUGGCAGUGGAUUUUUCCCCAAAAUGUUACCUUUUUUGUGAGUGUAACUCUGUCAGGAUUGGUCAGAAUAAUUGUCAGAAUAUCCAAAACGAGGUAUCGCUAGAAAGAUCUAUCAAGGCUGACUCUGUUAAACGUUGUUCUUAAACUGAGAGCAAAAUGUGUCCAGGAAGGAAGAUGUGCGUCGUUCCACAUGGAACGACAACGACCAAAGCAGUCGUCGAAGGGUUAAGGUGGGGAUGUGGAGUCUUGUUGCAAGAAAAAGUCGUCGACUGACUUUAAAGGCUCUCUGUGCGCUUAUACAAAUAUACUUUUUUUUCGUGCAACACAAAUUUUGAGGUCGUGAAAUUUGUCGUCGUGACUUAAUUUAUUUUCUCAGUCCCUCUUUCGUAUAAAGAUGAACAUUUCAUCUUUGCCAUUUUAAAAGUUUCGGGUAAGUUUCAAACAUGGAUAAUGCGCCUAUAUUACCACAGUCAGAGAAGUUCGAUUCCGCUUGCGUCUUGUUUCAGAUGUUUGAAAGAGAAACAAAAAGAGAAAAGAUUUUGGAAACAAGACAUCGUGAGAUGCGAUUAAAGGAGAGGUCUAAGAGCUCACAAGACAAGUAAGUUUGUCGUAAAGACGUUAUCCUUUAGUUAUCCGUAGUUAUUAAGACGUUAUAAUGGUCUUUUUGGUAUCGUCAAAGUAUAAAGUAAUGGUAAACAAACUUCUAGAACUACUUCAAAGACACAUGCAUGACAAUACUUUCCUGUAUGCUAUCACUUGCAUAAUUUCGUCGCUGUAACGGGGUUAAACUUUUCGGUGUAAACACAAGCCAAAAGAAGAUUCUUCUUUUCAGCUAGGGGCCUUAUGGUUACCCCGAUCAUGUGAAGAAAUCCUAGCAGUUGAACUGGCAUUUGUACUAGCUCAUCAAAGUUGCUUCACGGAAUAUCACGUAACGCUUGGAUGAAUUGGUUUUUAAGUGAGUUUUAGAACCAGCAAAUCAGCAUAAAUCGUCGAACUGAACGGAGCUUUUAAGCACUGUUAUACACUGCGUACGCAAUUAUAUAGAGAUUCAUAUAAAACUACUUGAAAAAACAUUUUUCCUGAAAGAGUCCGAAUAAUGCGAAGAACUACCCAUGAAAGUUGAGUAUUCUAACUGGGGGCCGUCACGCACAAACGCUCCCUGUGCUCGUGGGACCCGUGCAUUUAAAUUCUGGCGCAUCUGUGGAUCCGCUGGGGAACUUGUUUUGCAUAUGUUUAUGGUUUUAGUAUAAAUUGGCCUGUUUCAUGCUGUUUAUUGACUCUCUUCGUGAAAACGGACACCAGGCACCUAGUUUGACGCCCCACCAACCUCCCCGCAGCGAUGGCACACUCUAGCGCCUUUAGCUUCCGCUCCUUCUCGUCACCGGGCUCGCCUCUUCCCAUAACUCUUCCCAACCUUGGGGCGUUUGGGAGUGGGGGCUCUCAGUGCGAAUUUAUUACUAUUCUGUCUUUUCUUGCUGUGUUUUGUAGUUUUGUAGUUACGGGCGCAUAGAUUUGAGGACGAGGAAGACCACGAGGACAUGAUUAAUCUGAAGAUUUUAUCGCGUCUUCUCAAAAAAAUGACCUCCCUAUUUUCCUUAAAACCCGUAGAAGAAUGACGACAGCGAUCGCGUUUUCCCGCCAAAAUGACGCGAGUUCACGCGUAGUCAUAGUCAUUGUUGUAGUCGCUUUCGUCUUACAACGUAAAGGUCUCUUAUGUAAAACGGAUUUUUUUUUUCUUUUGUAAUUAAGAGAGGAAACUCAUGAACAAGCCGAGGAGGAAGAAGGAGAAGACCUGGUCACCAAGGCAGAAGCUGAGUUCUUCAAAAUUGUUGAAGCUGAGAAAAAAGCUUUGGAAGAAGCAGAGAACAAGAAGAAUGCAGCUCUAGCGGAGGUUAAACAGGCCAUAGCACAGGAGGGCGUAACUCAUGAGGAAUAUCAAGAAGCAGAGAGUGACGCGAAAAAAACCGAUGAGGUAAGAGUGCUUUUUAAUUAGUUUCUAGCCUUUGUCUGUUGCAAGGACUCGUAAGGUGCGUGAAAUCAUCCCUUUAUUGUAUUUUGUGUUGUCGUUUGCUGCGUAAGAAUAGCGACCUUUAGCUUAGACGAGGACGACUAAGAGUACGAGAUUUUCUUGAAACUAAGUAGUGCGCGUGCGUGAACCAGCGUCAUUGGGGUCUUUAAGCAGCGGUGUUUUUGGCCGACGCACGUCAACCGGAAGUGAAACUUCUUCUCUUUUAAUAUGCCUUCACGCCGCCACAUUUGUAUUGCUGAGUGUCUUUACUCUUAUAGAGACAAUUUGCCUAAUAAUUUGUUCAAAAUUACGGCCGAGGAGUGCAAAAAGUAAACUUCCGUUUGACGUUCGUCACUCUAAAACGUCGUUGCUAAAAACUCCCUAUUUUGGCAGGAAAACGCGAUAGUCAUCGUCAUUCUUCUACGGGUCUUAGCGUAGUGGCGGAAAAAGUUACCAGCUCCUAGAAGUUUUAUCAUCUUGCGAUCGGGAGAGGGCUCAAUCUCCUUCAAUAAAUAUAACCGCGCUAACUAUUCUGGUAAAAAUGUACAAUGGAGCUUUCCGGGAUGUCUAUUUUUUUUUAGAAGACACCAAAAAACCUUAAAUUAAAUCUCGUCGUCUUAGUCGUCCUCAAGAAGGUCUCUAAUUUCCUUGUCAUCAGCAUAAAUCGAACUUUCUUGCAUUUUUCAUUUAUGCCAGACCCCCGCAGAAGACAGUUCAGAGAAAACAGAGGAGCAAGUGAAGUCAUAAACUGUUGUUCCUCUUUCCAAUCAUGGACUGUGGAAAUAUUUCCUCGCAGGACGAUGUAAAUAGUAUUUUAAAACGUCCUUGCUGGAAAAAACAUUAUUUCUAUCUAGUCUUUGACUUAAAGUACUUAUAGUUCUUGUAGUACUUGUCUAGAACGCCAAUUUAACUUGGUAUGUCGUGUUAUAUUCAUAUGCUUGUAAUACAGUCAAGUUGUGAGGUGUGAAAUUGUACAGAAAUUUUGUAAAAAUAAAAUAAAAGCAAAUUUCUUGGUUGUUGUGCACAUGAUUUAUAGCUAAACGUGCUUAGUUGUUAUCUGGAUAAAUGGGUUGCUGUGGCCACGUUGCGAACUGUCAAACAGGUGAAUUUGAGAUAAGCGACCAAAACAAAAGCGGAGCGCGAGGCGCGAAAAAUGGCCGCGAAACGCGAAUAGAAAAUCGAGAAUGAAGCGAACUUUCCACAUCCGCGAAGGACUGAGACGGAAUGUAAAGACUGAUGUCACAUUGUUUGAAUGAAAACCAGAAAACGUUGAUUUCUUACUGAGCAGAACAAAUUUAAGAGUUAAAUUAUGAAUGUAAAAAAUUAGCCACGCCUUUUUCAGGAAUUCCAUUAGCCUAACUAAUCUCUUUAAUGUUUAGCGCUCUGCAAGCAAUAUUUGAGGAAAUAUCAGCCAUCAACAAAUUUCUCAUUUAUUCCCUAAAUAUUUUAAUUUUCCGUGUCUGCCAGUGCUUAUUAAAGCAUCUACAAACGUAACAUCAGCUAAUCCCAUACCGAUUACCCCAACUAUUAAGUUGCCGAGUGGUAAUGUAGUGCCAAUCCUUGAUAUCUCUCCUAAACAGAUCUAUCAAAUCUUUCUGCAGCAAAAGCAAAUUGCGCCCACCGCAAAACAGAAAUUAUCAAACAAGUACUCAAAUAUAGAUAUUGAUUGGGAAAAGGCUUACACUUUUGCCUUUCAUUGCACUUUGGACACAAAGAUCAGGGAAUUUCAUUACAAAAUUUUAAAUUGUAUACUCUUUACAAACGUGAAACUUAAUUUAAUUGGUGUAGUGGAAUCGCCAAACUGCACUUUCUGUCAAGAAGCAGCGGAAUCUGUCGAGCAUUUACUCUUCUCCUGCAGGAUAUCUUCUGAGUUUUGGAAGCAUGUCUUGUCCUGGCUAAGAGAUAAUGAUGUUCAUGUUGAGGCAAUUAAUGAGUCUGAUGUGAUAUUUGGAAAAUUUGAUAUUGUAGACGACUAUAUUCUAAUUAAUCAUAUUUUGUUAUUAGCUAAAUAUUAUAUCUACUGUAGGAGAUGUCAUAAUAGCGUACCUUCAAUUAGAGGUUUUAUUGCUAGGGCAAGACGUGUCUUCAAUAUUGAGCUCCAUAUCGCCAGGGAGAAAAAUAAACUUCUUUUUCAUUAUCAAAAGUGGGAGAAGCUAACUUAUGUACUUUGUAGUAGUUGAUACACGUAGGUUCGUUAAAAUUAGUAGGCAUCUUUAUUGUUAUCGUGGUUGUUG